CAUCACCACACGAGCACUCUGCAUCAACCGCACAUCGACAUCACCGUUCAGUCAUUCUCGAUCCGAUACGACUACAUUCACUACAACCACAUAACCCGCCAGCAUGGUCCAACUCGAAGAAGUGCCCGAUGAGGAGCUCUUCGCGCAACAGUCAGGACCAAAGGCAGAGGAUGAGGAAGAAUGGGACACAAGUGACGAAUCAGAGAUAUCAGACGUGGACGAAGACGACGCUUUCGACGAGACCAUCCUCGACCGAGUUUACGCCCUCAAAGACAUCGUCCCGCCCACCUACCGCAAGCGCAUCGCCAGCGCCGCCGACACCGGCUACGCAUGGAUAUCAUCGGGUCUGAGCUUCAGCGGAAAGACGUUGUGGGUUGUGAGCACGAGCGCGCUGCUUUUGGGUGUGCCGUGGGCGUUGGCGUUCAGCGAGGAGCAACAGUACCAGGAGAUGGAGAGGGAGAUGCGCAUGCAGCAGAGUGCGAAUGAGCUUCUUACUGCUGGCGCGCCAACCGGCGCAAAGCCUGCGUUGUAAUGAGGCGAGGUGUACAAAUUUUGUGAGAUUACUUCUCCGCUACGGUUUACAGAUGUAGUGGCUGUAUCAUAUUCU